AUGGAAGUAACGCGGGCUAAUUUCCAGGAAGUUCUGGAAGAAUUGGAUGAAAUUUUGACAAACUCAACAUUUUUAGCAAUUGACGGAGAAUUUACAGGACUUAAUGCUGGACCAGAUUGUAAACCUUUUGAUACACCUUCUCAGUAUUAUCAGAAAUUAAAAUCAGGGUCUAUGGAUUUUCUUCUUGUACAAUUUGGUCUCUCGGUUUUUACUUAUGAUACAGACACUGAUAAGUAUACUCAACGAUCAUACAAUUUCUAUGUAUUUCCGAAGCCAUUUAAUAGAUCAGCACCAGAUUGUCGUUUUAUGUGCCAGGCAUCAUCGAUUGCUUUUCUAGCAUCUCAGGGAUUUGACUUUAAUAAGUUAUUCCAGACAGGAAUACCUUAUUUAACUAGUAGUGAUGAAAAAAAAUUGAGUACAAAAUUAGUAGAGAAACAAAAGCUUCGAGAAGAUGGAGCAGAUAUUAUAUUUAUAUCUGAUGAUGAUAAGCCUUUAAUUGAGGAUAUUUGCUCAAGAAUAGAAGAAUUUCUUGAUUCUUCCGAUGAUGAAAUUAUGAUAGAUAGAUGUAAUGCUUAUAUCAGAAGACUAAUGUGUCAAGAAGCGCGAUUGAGAUGGCCUGGAAAAAUUAGAUUAGAAGGAAAAGUUGAUGGGACGACGCAAGCUCUUAUGGUCUAUAAAAUGGGAAGUAGAGAAGAAGAACUCAAAAAAGAAGCCGAAAGAAGAGAAAAAGAACAAGAAGAAUUAAAAGAAGCUGUUGGACUUAGUGCAUUGCUCCGAAAAAUUGCUGAUUCGGGAAAAUUGAUUGUCGGACACAACAUGCUUCUGGAUUUAUGCCAUAUUGUUCAUCAAUUUUUUGGUCCAUUACCUGAUUCUUAUUUAGAUUUCAAAGACUUAAUUCACGAUUUAUUCCCUAAACUUAUCGAUACGAAAAUUUUGUCACAAUCAUCACAACUUAAAGAUCUCAUACCUUCAUCGAUAUUGUGCUAUAUGUUAGAUACUGUUAAUCAACCUCCAUUUUCGUUACCUGAAAUAAUUCCUGUCGAGAACAGGAGCUAUAAAGUAUCAGCUGAAGUUUAUCAUGAAGCUGGUUACGAUGCCUAUGUUACUGGACUGUGUUAUAUAGCAAUGGCAAAUUAUUUAGGAUCAUUAGAAUCUACAAAAAUAUCUACAAUACUUCCAGAUUCUCCUGUCAUAAAACCAUACAUCAAUAAGUUAAUGAUUGUUAAGUUAAAAGAUUUUCCACAUAUUGAUCUUGUUGGAGAUGAUCCAACACCGGAUCGGAAUCAUGUUUUUCACAUAACAUUUCCUAAAGACUGGAAGUUAAAUAAUCUCCAACAAGUUUUCGUACCAUUUGGCGGUGCCUACGUAUCGUGGUUAAGUGACACAACAGCCUACGCGGGAUUAAGGUGUAAAGAGAAGGCGUCGAUGCUCUUAAAGAAAAUAAAAAAGACCGGUACUUUAGGACAAGCGACAGUUCAAACGUAUGCAAAAUACCAAGCAUCUCUUGAAUUAUCAAAUCAAAAAAAUAAGCAUGAAGGUAACAAAGGAGGAGACCGCAAACGGAAGCAACAAUUGUCAGAAAACUCCAGAUACAAAGUAAACCACCUAGUGUCUACUGCUGCCGCUAAUAAUGAUAAUGAUGAUGAUGAUGAUGAUGAUGAUGAUGAUGAUGAUGAUGAUGGUAAUAAUGAUGAUGGAGAUGAUAACAAACAAGAUGGUGAUGGAUGGAAAAUUGCAUCAGGUGGCGAAGGGGCCUCGAUUAAUUGCAGUGAUUAGAAGUCGUGAUAGACAGAGAUCCUAAGACGACAACGAACGCAGGACAACUUUUGCCACUUUGCCAUGUCAUUUGCCACAACUUGGAGUGGGUAUUUGUACGCUUGUCUUGUUUUCUAUAAACACUUUUCCACUUAACGAUAGUAAUUAUUUGUAACAAUUACACUCAACUAUUUAAGUAGGUGGGGUAUUAUUUAAAAUACUUGAGACUUUUGAGCUGUUAUAUAACAUUUACAUUUCAUUUAAAUGAAAUAUUUAUAUUUAAUGCAUUUUAUCCUUACGAAGAACUGAUAUAUUUAUUUUAUUCUUAAAAAUAACUUUACAUACUACAUAUUUAAAUAUUGUCAUGUAUCUACAAGCAUGUUUUUACAGUUUAUUAUCGCGGAAAUCAUUAUUGCAAUUGAUUUGUUUCAAUUACAGACUUUCCUCAGUGUCAGAUAAUAUUUUUUAAAUGC